AGACGGGGCGGGGCCGCGCAUGAGCAGUAUGAGAGCGGACGGGAGGCGGUGCUGGGGAGGGUACAGAGGCCGCCGGUCCGCAGCGCCCCAUGGCGGCGUCCGCGCCGGCCUCGGCGGCGCCGCUGACGGCUGAGCAAGCCAAGGCGGUGCUGGCGGAGGUGAUCAAGGCCUUCGGUGCGCCCGAGAACGCGCAGCGCAUGGAGGAGGCGCGGGACAACGCCUGUAAUGACAUGGGCAAGAUGCUGCAGUUCCUCCUGCCUGUGGCUACCCAGAUCCAGCAGGACGUGAUCAAAGCCUACGGCUUCAGCAGCGACGGCGAAGGGGUCCUGAAGUUCGCCCGGCUGAUCAAGUCGUACGAGUCGCAGGACCCGGAGAUCGCCGGCAUGUCGGGCAAGCUCAAAGCCAUGUUCCUGCCGCCCAUGACGCUGCCGCCGCACGGUGCCGGUACCGGCGGAGUGGCCACCUCCUGAGCCCGGCGAUGCUGACCCGACAGGAACGGGGCGGUUUAUGCCUGCUUGAGUGUCUGCUUCUGAAUAAACCAUGUCUCGAAGUUG